UCAGAGGACCAUCACUACAUGGGACCAAGCCGGUGACGUAUGCGGAAGUAGUAGCGCGGCGAACAUGCCAAAACAAGAAGAGGGAUCCAUGCCUGAACAGAACACUGAAGUGUUGUUGGAAGCAGCAGAAAUGUCCAUUUUUCCAAGAAUAUCUCUAAAGCCUGAAGUGACUGAAUAUCUUAAGAGUGUCUUCUUAAACAAGGAGGUGUUGGCAGCUGUUGGUCAUCAGGAGGCAGACUGUCGUUUCCAGAAGCUGCUCACAUGUUUGUCUCAUCCGCCUUCGUACACUUGUGUUCGAAUCAGCACUCAUCUGGCUCCUCUGGAGGAGAUCAGACACAAGUUAGGGGAAGAACUGAAGAAGCAGCAGAUGUGCAGCUCAUCAGCACAGGACGUCUCCAUUCAGAUUCUUCCACACCCACGAAUUACAGAUGUGCUGCUUCUUCCUGUCGACGGGCCGAGAGCUGUGGAGCAGCUCAGCUCGGAGGUGGUGGUCGGUGCUCAGUGUGGCAGCGCUGUGCUGAGAGGUGCUCAUGUCUUCGCUCCGGGGAUCCUCGCCAGCUCCAAGUACAUGAAAGCAGGAGAUGUGGUGUCAGUCUUCUCUGACUUGGAGGGCAGGUGCACCAGAGGAAUGACGAGUUUCCAGGGGAAGAAGGUGUUUGUGGGAAAUGGAGUCGCUGAAAUGGAUCGAUCCAGCAUCUUCUGCACAGAUGAACCUGCCAGAGGUGUCGGCGUUCGGAUGGUGGAGCCGCUUUACCGGAGUCCUUCCUUUGAUGGCGUUCUGCCCAGCCUGGCGUUCCUACAGAAUCUUCCCUCUGUGGUUGUCGGACACGUGCUCGGACCUCGACCUGGAGAACGGAUCCUGGAUAUGUGUGCUGCUCCUGGAGGGAAAACCUGCCACAUCGCUGCUCUCAUGAAGGAUCAGGGAGAAGUCGUGGCCUUGGACAGGAUCCGAAAUAAGAUCGAUCGCAUUCGUCAGAACGCACAGAUGUUGCAUUUACACAGUGUCAAAGCUUAUUGUUUCAACAGCACACAGGCUGUGAGCGGCGACUCUGCCCAGGAAAAUGAAGGACCUCCCUUCCCUCCUGAGAGUUUUGACCGGGUUCUGCUGGACGCUCCCUGCAGCGGACUCGGACAGAGACCCAACAUGGGCAGCACCUGGAGCCUGAAGGAGAUCUGCUCCUACCCACCGCUGCAGCGCAAGUUAUUCCAUGCUGCGAUGCGGUUGCUGAAGAAGGGCGGAGUGUUGGUCUACAGCACCUGCACAGUGACUCUAGCUGAGAAUGAGGAGCAGGUCGCCUGGGCCCUCGAGACCUUCCCCUGCCUCACCCUUCAGCCACAGGAGCCUCACAUCGGCGCAGAAGGCAUGCCGGGAGCCGGACUGUCACCUGAGCAGCUGCGCCUCCUCCAGAGGUUCAGUCCCGAGCUGAGCUGGGACCAGGCAGAAACUACAACCCCCCUCCAGUGCAGAGCCGACGGGGACACUAUCGGCUUUUUCAUCGCCAAGUUCCUGAAAAACUGACCGGAGGGCUUGUUUUCUCGCUCGGUCCUCACAGGAGACGCGCAGGACGGGAACAAUGGUGUUUAUAUUGCGACGCUGUGUGUGCUUUGACGGGCAAGUGUUGACAAAGUGCGCACAGAGCUGUUUACAGCAUCUGCCUCUUAACAGCUGCUCUCUGAAACUGCGGGCCAUAUAGGGAUAAGCUCUAUAAACACCGAGGGCAGGAGAGAGAGGGGCGAGAGGGGGAGGAGGGGAGGGAGGGAGGGAGGCACGUGGGGAUGGAGAGUGAAUGAGUGUUGGCAAAUGCAGCAGUGCUAGUGUCGCCAUAACAACAGUGACGACACAGCUGCCAUGGUGACAGUGGAUUCGCUGGAUCCGGGAGAUCAGGAAGUAGCGUGCAGAAAGAGGUCAUGAGAGGUAUUAACAAUUUAGUGUCUUUAGUAGUGCAGCGCACAACUGGGACGUCUAAUUAGCACUUGUGCUGCCUGGAAGAGAGACGUGACGCUGGUGUCUGUCUGAAUCAGAGCCUCGGCACCAAGUUACGCUCAGGUUUUCAGUACCAAGGCACAUGAAAAGACAGUUUUUUGUCAACUCUGUUAAAUAUUUAUCGACUACACAUUGUCGUCUUAGCAUAAAUAAGUCCUUUCUAUGUAUUUAGCAUUCAUAACACACUAUAAUGCAGUUACAAGUGGACAUUUCUAAAUUUUUAGGUUUACUGUUUCACAAUAUUUGUCAACAACUACAACUUAUUCUCUAAAGAAAUAUUUAUAAUAGUAGAGCUUUGUCACUGUUUAUGAGAACUUCCGACGAUUAAUCAGCGAUUACGAUUAAUAUAAAACGUGAUUAUUCUAGUGUAAGAAUUAACUACGUUUCUUCUUCUUACAUGAUCCUAUUUAGAAUAUCUUGGAGUUUCAAUAGUUGUUAAAUCAAAAUCAUACAUUUAACAGGCAUUUUUUAGAACGUUUUCAUUGACUAAACUAUUAGUGAAAAUAGCCAACAUUGUCACUCAUUAUCUGUUUAUAUAAGAGCUGCUGUCAGUUAGUUGAUCAAAAGAGGUUCUGAAACUGUCUUAACAACCUCGUUUUUUAAGCAAAAAUAUCAACCAUUUGAGGAUUUCAGUGUAAGAAUUGAUCAUCUUUCUUUUCUUACAUUUUCUUUAUAGAAUAUAAUGGAGUUUGGAUCGUUUUAGUGACAAAAUCAUACAUUUAAUGAAGAUUUUUCAAAGCUGUCUGAGGUUUCAUUGACCAAACCAUUAGUGAAAAUAACCAGCGUUAUCACUCAUUAUCUGUUUAUGUGAGAGCUGCUACAAUUAAUCAGUUAGUGGAUCAAAAGACAAUCUGAAACUGUUUUGAUACUUCAUUUUUCAAGCAAAAUAUAAAACAUUAGAUGGUUCAAAUGUGAAAAUUGACUGCGUUUGUUGCUCUUACAUUAUAGUUUGGAUAAAAUCAGACAUUUAUUCAGCAUUUUUCAAAGCUCUCUGAGGUUUUAAUGGACCAAACUAUUAGUGAAAACAAACAACAAAUGAUGAAAAUAUCCGUGCCCACAGGAGGAGGCGUUUUUGUAUUAAUGUAUUUAAAGAAUACGUGAUAAACUUUAUCUGCUAAGAGUGCGACUACAUUAAAGUGUGUUAUAAAUCAUUUAUUACAUCUUCAUAUGCUGCUUACAAAAGCUAAAUAUGGGGAUUUAAAGUCUGCACGCUGAGCAUAAUUUAUAGAUUUGUGCCUGCAGUGCACAAACAUCUGGCCUGUUCUCUCGUCAUGCAGCAUUUUGAGGACCUUCACAAUGACCUCGGCUCAAUCCCUCUUCCUGGGAAUACCAUCACACUGACUGUUAGAUUCCACGCACACAUCUGCCUGCACUUCACCUCCCUGCAUCUGUGCAUUUAACUGUAUGCGGAGGCAGAUUAAAAUGGCUGCUCGACUCGCCGCAAAGAU